UGCCACCAUUUGCAAGCAAUCUCUUCAUGGAGACGAGAGUCGCCAGUGCAUGAUGGGAGAAAUCAUUCUAUGGUCUCCUCGCUGCCUCGUUGUUCCUUUCUAAGUUCUAUCUUUCUACGUCCAAAAUGGGAAAGCCACGUGGAUUGAGAACCGCUCGCAAACUCCGCAAUCACAGGCGUGAACAGCGUUGGCAUGAUAAAGACUACAAAAAGGCACAUUUAGGAACAGCCUUGAAAGCCAACCCCUUUGGAGGUGCUUCACAUGCAAAGGGAAUUGUUCUUGAAAAAGUUGGUGUAGAGGCAAAACAGCCUAACUCUGCUAUCCGUAAAUGUGUUCGUGUCCAGCUCAUCAAAAACGGAAAAAAAAUUACAGCAUUUGUGCCAAAUGAUGGUUGCUUGAACUACAUUGAGGAAAAUGAUGAAGUUCUUGUCUCUGGUUUUGGACGAUCUGGACAUGCUGUUGGUGAUAUUCCCGGUGUACGAUUUAAAGUUGUCAAAGUAGCAAAUGUGUCUCUAUUGGCACUCUUCAAGGGAAAGAAGGAAAGGCCAAGGUCUUGAUCACAUGAACUGAAAAUUUCCAUAAAAUUUAAUAUCAAAA